ACAGAUUGGUGCAAUGCAACAUGUAAUGCAACAUGCAAUGUAAGAAUUUGAGGUCCACAUUGCUGCAAUGUAUCAUGUAAUGUAACAGAAUUCCCAUACUGUGGACGCCUCGCGCGCACGUACUGCGCCUGGGUCGCGCACGUUCCGAGCGUUACAACUUGUGCGCGGCUCGAUCCGAGAUUUGUCGGUUUUUAGUACGAACACAAAGGGGCGCGCAGUGUGCGCAGGACUCAGCCGUGGACGGUCGUUCGUUUCGUUCACAUGCGCAACGAUCAUGGCGGUGAAAGAGGGUGCGUGGAGUGAUGACGAGUCACUUUUAUCGAUAGAGGAAUACAGAACAAGGGAAGUUUUAUGGAACCCUCAAAAUGAAAACUUUUAUAAACAAAAUUUAAAGAAAGAUGCGUGGGACGAAAUCGGAAAUGUAUUGAAAAUAACAGCAGAAAAGUGCAAUAACAAAAUGAUAAGUCUUCUCUCUUCUUACCGCCGUGAAAAAGGAAAGGAAAAAAAAUCCAAGGGGACUGGAAAAGGUACUUCGGACACAUACACAAGUCGAUGGUUUGCCUACAAUGCUUUAAAGUUCUUGGACGAUAGAAACACACCAAGAAAGAGAAAAAAAUACGGAGUCCAUUCAACGCUCAGUCUCCAAAAACAAUGCCACCGAAGCCACGCAACAUGAGUUCACCCCUCCAGCACCACCAAAUGAGCAUGGUCUACAGGAACCGAAACGAUCCAGAAGAGACGAAAACAAUGUUCUUACCGAUGUAGUGGGGAUAUUGAAAACCACUGCACAGAAAUUGGACAGUAAAUCAAGCAUUCCUGACUUAACUAAAAGUUUUGUUUCAUUUAUAGGAGCUAAAAUGAGUAACUAUUCCUCUCAGACUAGGAUUUCGGUUGAACACGCAAUAUUUGAAAUUAUUAUGAAAGCCGACAGGGGAUAUUAUGAAUCUUGGCAACAUCAACCAAAUGCAUAUACAGAACCAUACUCCAAUCGUCCCUCAACUUCAGUAUCCUACGGUUAUACCACAGCAGAAAAUGUAGACGCUGCUG